UGGCGCUCUAGUGCAAGCUGGUGGUAGAUCGUUUUGUUGACGGAAGUUCGCCACGGAAGAAGAGAGGAACCGUCAUGGUUCGUGUCAAGUCCAGGUAUUUACUGUGCGAAAUCAACGUGACAGACAGGACCCGCCUGUUGCUGCUGGAUGACCGAGCUGUGGCAGCGGCAGUGAGGGCAGCAGUGGCCCGCAUGCACGGAGACUAUGGGACGGCUCUCUGCAGCAUCAGAUUCUCUGUGAAAUAUCUGAAUGCUCAUACUGGAAUAGUAUUCCUGCGUUUCCCCAAGAGAUGUUACAGACUCCUCUGGUCUGCAUUGCCUUUCAUCACCUGUAUCGAAACUCGUGGGCAGAAAAUCCCAUGUUUUCUGAACUGUUUGCAUGUGGGAGGAACAAUAAGAACAUGUCAGAAGUUUCUGAUCCGAUACAACACCCAGCAGCUCCAUCGAAUGAUCCCUAAAUGUAAAAACGAAGAAGAAAAACAAGAGAUCCAGAAAGCAAUUCUGGACUGCACUCUAACAAGAGGAAACAAGGUGGCAUUUGAAGAUGAAUUAGAGAGUGAAAAAGAUGACGAUGAUGAAGAAGAAGAAGAGGAAGAGGAAGAAGAAGAAGAAGAAGAAGAAGAAGAAGAAGAGUGACUUCACUCACUUGCAUUUAGAAGGCAGACUAUUUUUGUUACGGGACAUUUAAGCAUUUAAGGAAAUGCAUACCCACCUCUGUGGAAAAACAGUUCACUGCUGCAGCUGCUCAGCACAUUUGAUACCCAAGAAAACGGACUGACUGUAUGCCUGUCUUCAAUAGAGGCACAGAGGUAACCCCUGCAGAGUUUUUGUGUUUUAAUUAACUCUUAUUACAUUUUUGUUAUUUAUACUAUGUUUUGUGCUCAAGUGUUUUUUUUGUAUAAAUAAAAGCACUGUUUUUGAUGA